AUGUUAAGAUUUAAGAAUAUAAAUAAUGUUCUAAGUUUCUAUAAUAUCUUUAUCAAGCUAGCUACUCAGGUUUAUAGCCAGGCUAAGGCAAUUAACUCUUCAGCUGACUUCUACUUUUACGGGAACUGGACCGACCCAAGGAUUAACGAUAUCUGGGCAAAACACCUUGAUGCUUUUAACGCCGCCAUUGCCCUGUUGCCUGUUCCUGGCAAGCGCAUUGAAUUGCCUUUUACUGACGGCAAGUUAAGAAUUCCUGCCAUUUUCUACGGCAGUGGCAAAAAGGAAGCGCGACCGACAAUCAUUCUAGGCAACGGCUACGAUGGAGGCCAGGAAGAGAUGCUCCACGUCAUGGGCAAGGCUAUUCUUGAACGCGGAAUGAACGUCAUCACGUAUGAAGGACCUGGCCAACCAACCGUGAGGCGAAAGCAAAACUUGGGUUUUAUUCAUGAGUGGGAAAAAGUAGUAACACCCGUGGUUGACUAUCUUCUGACCCAUCCAGAAGUUGAUCCAAAGAGCAUUGGUCUUUUAGGGUAUUCCUUUGGUGGCAUGCUUGCGCCACGCGCCGCAGCUUUUGAACACCGACUUGCCCCAGUAUUUGCCGUAGAUGAUUGUCAAGAAGCGCCUUUCCGGAGACUGUUCGAAUCUCACGAUGCAACUACCCUGGACUCUAUGACGAGACAGCUUCUGCAAAACCCAUUAACUCCAGCAUCAAUGCGAUGGGCUAUCCAGCAAGCUCCUGUCUUUGUUGGUAGCGCAGAGGAUGACAUAUUCUUUUCCGGGCAGGCCAAGCUCCUUGUUGACAGCCUUGGCUCUAAAGCUACCUUCAAGUCUUUUGGAAAUUUUGACGGCGCAGGAGAGCAUUGUCAAGCGGGAGCAAGCGUUUUUCUUAGUCAAACUGCCUUGAAUUGGUUUGCGGAAAUUGUGGGUUCGCAUAAGGAAUACUCACGACACUUUGAGGUUGAAAGGGAGCUCUAG